AUAAAUGAGUGGCAUCAUGCGUUGCUGAUGUUCGUAAAUUAUAUUCUUAUUAAUUGUAAAUAACAUAGAAACAAGUGUUCCUAACAAUUAACUAAUCUAUUUAGCAUGGCACAAGCUGAAGAUACUGAACUUCGUGACUUAGUUAUAGACGCUUUGGAAAAAAAUGGUUCCCUUGCUAAAAUUCGUGCUUUGUUACGGGCAAACAUUUUCUUGGCUUUCGAAGAUGAAUGUGAAAACUCGAAGAAGAAUGAUACGCUAGAUAAAGUAUUACAAUUACCAGAAGGUAAGUUUUGUCUUUCUAUAAUACAUGAGUUUUUAGAAUUCUGCAAUCUUAGAAACACAUUGUUUGUGUACAAGUCUGAGGCCAGACAAGGAAAGGAAUACCACUAUGACAGUGUAAACACGAUCGCAGAUAAACUCAAUAUAUCAAAGUUCGACAGAGAAAAAGAACCUGUCUUAUUAACAUUGGUGAAAAACUGUUUGAAAACUGGUUCUAAGCCAAAUUUCAGCCAGAGUGAGAAACAUAGUAGUAUACGGCGCCAGUGUAGAGGUAAGACUAGUUAUAAAGAUGAACAAAAUUCUACUUAUAUUGUAAACGAGGACUCAAGCACAAAUACCAGUCAUACACAGUCUGACAACUCUUCAGAUGAAAAGAAUAAACUGGACUUAAGAUUGACAUUGGAUAAUUCAGACACAGAUACAUCUAGUGACUCAACGAGAGGUCAAACUCGUUCAGAAUAUAUCCCAAAUAAGCACAUUAACAAAAUGAGUAGUAAAAUGAAUGAAAGUAAAAGUAUAUCAGAACAAUCUCACCAAGAAAUGCAAAGUAAUUACAAUUAUAUAACAAAAAGCAAAGAAAUAAGUAACAACUGUCGUCAUGAUGUAAAGAUACUCAAUAACAGCAGUACGGACUCCACUUCUUAUGUAGAACUAAAGCCUUUUAAUAUGUUGGAUACUGUCCUUCUUAAUACUCCAGGUCUGCCACUCGAUGAAAUCAAACAUAAUUCAAAACAGCCAUCUCCGCACAAUUCAAAUUCUACAGUCUCAAAAAUUGAGUCAUUGUCCCAAAACCAUACAUUAAAUACUAAUUCUGAAUCAAAAAAAGACAGUAUAAGUCAUCAAGAUUCGCAAGCAAGCAUAAAGAAUUUUUCAGAAAAAUCUGGAAAAUAUGAUGUUGAAGCUACUGAAUAUAGCUAUGAUUUUACAUCACCUCCCCUGUCUGAUAGAAAAGAUGCAACUGAUAAACAGAGUCCAAGAUCAGGCCAACAGAAUUUACUUGCUAAUAAAUCAAAUAAUACUUCAGUUGAAAGUAACCAACAGAAUUCUUUAAGCUCACGGAGUUCCAUUUCACUAUCUGAUGUUGCAGAUUUAAUUAGUGACAGGAGCAGCAAAUAAAAUAGUCCAAGUAAUACUUCACAUCAACAUAGAUUUACAAGUGAAAAAUCAAAUAGAAGUCCCAUUAAAGAUCAUGUUAAAAUGCUAAGCGAUGAUUCGGGUGAUUUUUCUGAAUCACCUAUACCAUCUCUUUCUAAUCUUAGUCUUGAUAUACAUAGUGACUGAAUAGUAGAUAUUAUGUUUACUUGUAAUGUAUGCUAAUAGUUAGAUAGCAAUAAUGUUUAUGCAAAGUUAUUCCCAAACCGAAAGUUAUGUUAUGGUAAAGUAUUUCAUAUAUUACAUAGAUCAUACUGUAUAUUGACUAAAAUGCAGCUGGUCUGACAGUUCUCAUAACUUUUUUGUUAAAUAACAGUUAAAUACUUAUUACAUUGGGUACCAUUAUUAAUAAUUGAGACUACUUUGUAUAACAAACACAUUUUAUAUGUAGGUGGUUUCUCACUGAUUGUGUAUCUUUAUAAACCAUCAAUGUACAUUUAUGUUGCUACAUAUACAUUAUCUUUUUUUAUUAUUUUAAAUUUUUAUAGGACUUCUGACAGAUACAAGUUAUUUUGUACUGAGAAACUAAAAAUAGUAAGUAGUUCCUACUUCCUAGUACUUGUAAAAUGUGGAAUAAUUCAAAAAUACUUUCCUAUGCUUCGGGUCAGGAGAUUUAUUUGUUUUGUAGAUUAAAAUGAAUAUCAAUAUAAGUAAUAUACUUAGCGAAUUUUACAUAAUUUUAUAUUUAUAAAAUCCAAAAUAUUGAGUAAGUUAGUAUGUAUUUUUUAAAUCUUAUUCCAUAUUAUUAUUACUUUAUGAAUUGAAAAACUCAUGCCAGUAUAUGAAAAUUUGUAAAGGUUUCUUUAUUUAUUAUAUACAAAUAGGUAUGUAACGAAUAUAUUAUGCAAAGAAGGUGUAUUUUAUAGGAUUAGAUAAAUUUAACUUGGAUAAAGUAUAUAUUACCUACUUACCUUGAUAUUAAUUUAAUGUCAUCAACAUUACAAUACUGUGACCUAUAAAAAUUUACUUAGAACAUAAGAUGUGAAAUAGUGUAAGAAUGUCAUAGCAAAUCUAUACUGUUAAUCACUGGAAUAAUUUCAUUUCAAAUGGUUGUGCCUUAAAGCAAAAUUAAUUAUGGUUCCUCUGAAAAAAAAAAAUACCAAUGCUUGUCAAUUUCCUUGGCGGUAGUCGUAAACAGAUAAGGUAAACUUUGAGCUAUGCGACCGAUCGCAGUACGCGAUGCUUGUGAGGUGGCACUAAGUGUCGUCAUACAUUUCCGCACUUAGUACAGAAAUGUACAUACAGAGCAUUUAGGCAAGCAACUCCGACAUGCGACACUUUUCAUACGGCAAUUGCGCGACACUUAAGAGCUCGUUCACACAGGCUGCGUAAGCGUAGACGCAGCGCGUACCAUUGCGUUGUAAUGUUUGAAACAUGACAUACCGCUUGCGUGGCGUGAACGUUCAUGUAGACGUAAUGCGUGCAGUUACGUCUACGGGCUUACACGCGUCACUACGCACGUAUCACGUGUACGUGCUGCAUACGCAAUUGGUGUGAAUCAGCCAUAAGAGUCGCGUGUCGCAUUCGCGCGUCUAAGUUGCGUAGAGAUGUCUAUCUUUGGAUUGGUUAUAUAAAUAUAGUGGAUUAAAUUUUUAUCUCACUCAAAACUUGUAAAUUUAAAAUAACACUUAUUAAGUAAUUAUUAUUUUAUUUAUAAUGGCCUAAUGAGGCUUGACCGUAAAUUAUUUUUUAAGUUCAUUGUAUCUAUGUUUAUCUGAUUUCUCGUAACUCCUUAACUUAUUCAAUUUGAUAAAUUAGAUGUCAACGUAGUCUAGAUGUGUAAUGUCUAGAGCCUCAAUAGCUCAACCGGUAAAGGAGUGGACUGAAAACUGAAAGGUCGACGGUUCAAACCCCGCCUGUUGCACUAUUGUCGUACCUACUCCUAGCACAAGCCUGACGCUUAGUUGGAGAGGAGAGGGGAAUAUUAGUCAUUUAACAUGGCUAAUAUUCUUAAUUAAAAAAAAAUGUAUUAUUAUUUUGUUUUUAAUUGAGUUAAAGUAUGGUAUGGAAUGCCCUUUCGACUUUCGUUUUCUGCGCCAUCUAAUAAGUAUCUAAAAUUGAUCUACCUCAGACCGCUACACACCAUCAAGUAUGAUUGCAGUGACAAAAUAUCGCACGGGAAAUUGACAAACUAUAAAAAUCUAGUCCUAUCUGUUCUUUUUGAGAACAAAACAUGUUCCGUCCAAAUUGCUCCAAUGUCAUAACAGUUUCUGGUAUUGUUUAAAUUUAAAAAUCGCCAAACAAUAAGUAAUAAUUGUGUGAAUAAAUAAAUGCUUUUUUAAUUUGC